UUUUUAAUGAAAUUUACUUAAUCAUCGAAUUAUAAAAAUUAACAUUGUAAGAUUUUUUCUAUCAAGAAUAUCUUCAAAUAUGAAGCCAUCACCUAGAUUCUUAAAAAUGUUCUGCAUUGCCAUAAUUUUAUUUAAUUUAAUUAAUUUAACAGAAAAUUGGCGAACUGAUCGUAGACCCCGAGUAUUUGGAGAUAAAGUACCAGAUCAAAUGUUGUCACCAGAUUUAAAAAAUGUCCAACGAAAAUUGGUUAUAUUGCAUGACUAUUUUCGAACAAAAGUUAUACCACCCGCAUCGAAUAUGUUAAAUAUGAAAUGGCAUAAUGGAGCAGCCAAAACGGCACAAAAAUGGGCGACAGCAUGUAAAUUUUUGAUUCAUGAUAGUAUAAAAGGACGGCAUCAAAAAAAUUUUGGAACAUGUGGACAGAAUAUAUUUGUAUCUACACAUAAAGUACCAUGGAUGUUUGUUAUGAAAUCAUGGUUUAUCGAAAGAAAAAAUUUUACAUUUGGUAGCCCAAAUAACAGUUUGGGCGAAAUCGGACACUACACGCAAAUGGUAUGGGCAACAAGUCAUAAAGUUGGAUGUGGAUUAGCAAAAUGUAAGAAUGGACCGAAUGGUAGAACAUUUUAUAAUUAUGUCUGCAAUUAUUGCCCAACUGGAAAUUAUUUAGAUAAAUUCUGGUUUCCAUAUAAAAUUGGUAGACCAUGUGCAUCAUGCCGUAAUCACUGCCAUAAAAAUGGAAAAUUAUGUACAAAUAGCUGUCAAACUGUUGAUUUAUGGUCAAAUUGUGGUGAAUUAUUUAAAACAUUCCGUAGUUGGUUAUGCCAUACGGCAACAGCAGAAGGUUUAGACAGACGAAAGAAAUGUGCUGCAACAUGUGGCUGCAAAGGCAAAAUAUAUGAUGGAAUGUAGAGACUAUUAUAUUUUCGGAAAUUAUUUAUUUAAUUAAACAUUUUUAAUGUAUACAUGUAUUCCGCAAGCAUAUAUAUAUACAUAUACAUAUGUAUAAUUUUACAUAUGAAAAACUGAAGA